GUGAGCGGAAGGGGGCAGGGCUACUCAAUGUAAUAAGAAGACACGUUUUUCGUUUCUUCAUUUCCUUCUCAAAUUUUGAACAGUCCGUGAGUGUUGAUGAAAAAUGUGUUGAAUGUGUUGCCAGGAUUAAACUUGUAGACAAGAAUAUUCUACUUAUCUUCAAGUAAAUUAUUCAUUGUCUUUUUCAGCAGUAGCAUAGAAAAGGAGUUUGAGCCAUGUGUGUGUGAUAUUCGUACAUCAGAGGCUGUGGUGAGGACCUGGCGACAUUUCUACGCCAGUUGACGACAUUUCAUAUACAGCACAGACGACAUUUCUACAUCACAGACGACAUUUCUACAUCACAGACGACAUUUCUAAAUCAGAGGCGACAUUUCUAAAUUAGAGGCGACAUUUCUACAUCAGAGGCGACAUUUCUAAAUUAGAGGCGACAUUUCUACAUCAGAGGCGACAUUUCUAACUCAGAGGCGACAUUUCUAAAUUAGAGGCGACAUUUCUACAUCAGAGGCGACAUUUCUAAAUUAGAGGCGACAUUUCUACAUCAGAGGCGACAUUUCUACACCAGGCUUACCUGAGUUGGCGCUGAGUUUAAUGGGACCUGCCUUAUUAGCGACAGACAUUAGGCAUGCCCUGUUUUUGUUGCGGAGGUAAGAAAAAAAACCAGCUCAAGACACCAAGCCUGCCCUCGCUAACUUAUGUCUCAGGCGAUAACCCGGAUGUAAACCUCAGCCCUGACGACAUCACACUUAUAAAACAGACGUGUCAGAUGCUGUUUGAGGAGCUCAAUAUAGAACGACAGGCACUGCCUUUCCUGUUGGUUUUUUUCAAAACCUACCCCGAGUAUCAACGUGUGUUUAAAGCCUUCAAGGAUGUCCCCUUUAAAGAUCUCAGCACUCUAUCGGCCACACACAACCACGGGGCACUGGUCAUGGGUGAGAUCAAGGAACUGGCUGGCAUAUUGGACAACCCGCCACAGCUAAGGGAGCGGUUUUCAUCUUUAAGACAGAGACACGUUCCAAGACGGGUCACUGCAUCACAGAUGAAGGAAAUGUUGAUGGUAUUCAUAAGGUUGGCCAAAAAAGAAGCAGGGCCGAGGUUCACCCUUGAAGCCGAAGUGGCGUGGAGCAAAAUGAUUGACUAUAUCAUGAAUAUUGAAGCCAACUACGAGCCUGAAGAUAUUGGUUCAGCUAAGCCAUCGUCUAGUUCUGUUAGAGAGUGUCCCUCUUUAGACCCUCCGUCUAAACGAGCAAGUCCUUCUUUACCGGACAAGGCUAAACAAGCAAACCUAUCAUUACCGGACCAUCCGGCUAAACGAGCAAGUCCUUCUUUACCGGACCCGGCUAAACAAUCAAACCUAUCAUUACCGGACCCUCCGUCUAAACGAGCAAGUCCGUCUUUACCGGACCCGGCUAAAAGAAGCAGUCCACCUGUUAACCAUAGCUGAAUCUUGACUGGCUUUUGUAAUGUUUUUAUACUGCUAGAUCUGCGUCCAAUAUAUCAAUGAGAGCUGUAAGAGUCAUGGAGUCAUGGUGGCCAACCACGACAUCCAGCACCAGUAAGAACUGACUCUGAUGCGCACAGUGGAUGUCUUUCAAAUGUCCAGCAGUACCUUUAAAAAAAUGAAACAAGCAAGGGAAACCCAACGCGUGUGCCCGUGAGAGUCUUGAGAACAUGUUGGUCAUGUGACACCAAGUACUGAACAUAUAAUAUUGUAUUGUUUUGUUCGACUUAAGCUGGUGACGUUUCAAAUGUGAUUAAAAAUUAUAGUUUCUCUUAUUCUUGUAAUGUUAAAGCUAGUACUAAUUAUGAUAUAUAUAUAUAUAUAUAUAUAUAUAUAUAUAUAUAUAUAUAUAUAUAUAUAUAUAUAUAUAUAUAUAUAUAUGCAUC